AUGGAAGAUACUAAUCAACAAACAACCACAACCACCAACAAUAACAAAGAAACAGUUUUAAAUCCAACUACAGCAUCAUUUAAUAAUCAAUUUAAACCAAAUUUAAAAAUCAUAAAAUCUAAUUUUUUUAAAUGGGAAAUUAUAAUAAAAAAUUCAGGUUCAACAGCAAGAGAUCAUUUAGCAAAUGAAAGAACUUUAUUAUCAUGGAUAAGAACUUCAAUUAUAUUUAUUACAUUUGGUAUUGGGUUUUUACAAUUUUAUAGAUUAGAAUCAAAAUCAAAUUGUAUUAAUAUUUCAGAACCAAUAUCUCAACAAAAUUUAAAUGAUUUAAAUUCUACAUCAUCAUUAUAUGAUAAAAACACUGUAAAUUUAAUUUCAAAAUUAAGUAAACCAAUUGCUCCUAUAUGUGUUAUUAUGGGGUUUUUAACUUUUUUAUUUGGAAUAUGGAGAUAUUUAAAAUGUCAAAUUUAUUUAAUUGAAGGUUUAUUUCCUGCAACAAGAUGGUUUUUAAUCUUUUUGAUAUUGAUUAAUUUAGCGUUAUUGAUUUUAUUAUUAAUUAUUAAUUUUAAAGUUAUUUUAUGA